GUUUCAUCGAUCAUUCAAAUUCUGCUUCUCCCAAAGUAUUUAAUAACAGAGCUUCUUCUACCUUUUCACUUUGUACAACCUCUCUCUUGUGCUCUUUCGAUUUCUGAUAUUCACUAUGCCUGAUCUCUCAAUCUUCAAAUCACCAGCUCCGUACCAUAUAAUUGCAUAUGGCACGUUGCUUGGAACAGAAUUCUUUCAGACAUUCGUCGGUGGCAUAGUUUCCUACCAAGCUCUUCCCAGACCACAAUUCUCGCAGCUCCAGCAGAAGCUCUUUCCCGUUUAUUUCGGACUGCAGACCACUUUACCAGCCAUACUUGCCUUGACAUAUCCUGGAUCGAGAACGUCUCUGGGGCCGUCAUCUGGAAUAUCAGGCACAUUCGCGGACGUCAACAGAUGGACUGUGUUGGCGCCUAUAGCUACGAUAUUCGUGACCAGCGCAGUCAAUAUGCUUUAUUGCGGGCCCGAGACGACGAGGAUAAUGCGAAAGAGAAAGGUUCAAGAAACUCGAGACGGGAAGAAGUACCACGAUCCUGCCCCACAAUCGACAGAAAUGCAACAAUUAAACAAAGCAUUCGCGUGGAUGCAUGGCGCUUCCUCGUUAGUUAAUCUGGUUGGUUAUAUCGCCACAAUUUGGUACGGCUUUUCGUUGGCAGAACGAAUAUCAUAAAGAGAGGAGAUGCGUAACAGUGGAAGUCCGGCUCGCCUUGUAUAUAUGCAGUCCAUAGAGGGUUACAUAUCCACCAG